UCAACGGCUGGAGCCACUAUAAAAACCGGACCGCGUCUCCCCGCGCGUAAUUCCAUCUCUCCAUUUCCCCCAAAACCCCCCAAAAAUUCUUCUGCUGCAACAACAAAAUCUUUGGCCACUGAUCUCACUCUCGGAAUCCGCAUCGAAUCGGAAGAAAUUGACGGCGAUAGAAGCUAUGGCGCCGUCGCUGUUGCGGCAGCUCAACGGCGAGAGGGCGGUGGUGUUUCUAUAUGUUGUUCGAAUUCUUCUCUCCAUUCCUCUUAGUCUCCUGCCGGAAGCCUGUUCGCUCUCUCUCCUCUCCCUCCUCGCUCUUGGCGUUGAGAUCUCCGCGGACGACGCCUCCAAUCCGCUUUCUCUUUUCUUUAGAACCAGGCCUGGAGCUUCUUCUGGAGUUCUGUUGGGUGCAGUCACCCUGCCUGGUCUCCUGAUCUCCAAGUUGGUACAAACUUUGAGAGCAAAUUCAUUAGAGGAAGUUGGAAUUGAAGAGUUUGAGUAUCUGAAGUCACAGUAUUGGGCUGCAUCAUCCAGUUGUGUCGCUGUAUUAAUUUUCCUUUCCCUCGUCUGUCAGCGUCAGGGAAAGAGCAAGACUUCCAUCUCCUCUCUCUCCAUCAGGAACCAAAUAUAUAGUUCCAUUAUUGUAAUAUUGUUUGUUGGAUCAGGCUUGGUAUCCUUAUCUGCGAAAUUAUAUGGUGGCUGGUCUCCAGUCUUGAUAUCGUUAUGGGUGCUUGGCCAUGGAUGGGCAGCGGUCAUACUAAUUCAAAAGAUCCUUGAAACAUUUCCAGCAUGCGCUUCUAUAGGAGAAUCUCUUCUAGUGACUGCUGGACUUGUAAUCUAUUUUGGAGACAUGAUGGCAUAUACUGCUUCAAAAAUUACUUGUUUGGCGUCAUCCAAGGCACUAUUCAUUCAAAAUGGUAUCAACAGAAGUGAGAUAAGCACCAUUAUUCAGGGAAUAAUUUUUGGCCUCCUUCUUUUUCCCGUGUUCUAUAAACAUAUUCUUCGAAUGUGGGAAUACUGUGCCGGCUCGGAGAACAACACAGACUUGGGAAUCCAUGAGAAGAGAAGAUUUCUUGUUUUUUAUGCUUUACUCACUUUUGUGUUGGUAGCGGUAGUUCCGUCAUGGAUGCAAUUUGUGCACCCUUUCAACAUGCACCCAUUUUUAUGGGUCAUUGAUUUUGUUUUAUCUGAACCGCUUAAGAGACUUACUCUAUGUGUCUAUUGGCUGGUCAUCAUAUCUGUGUCUGUUAGACGGUUUUACAGCAUAUCAAAGAACAGUAAAACCGAGAGAAUACUUCUUCGAAAAUAUUAUCAUCUGAUGGCUGUUGCAAUUUUUGUUCCUGCCCUUAUAUUCCAGCCAAAGUUUCUUGAUCUUUCUUUCGGUGCAGCUUUGGCAGUUUUUCUCUUGUUGGAAAUUAUUCGAAUAUGGAAAAUUUGGCCAUUAGGUCAUCUAGUCCAUCAAUUCAUGAAUGCUUUUACAGAUCAUCGUGAUUCUGAUCUUCUUGUCGUCAGCCACUUCUCACUGUUGUUGGGAUGCGCAAUUCCUAUAUGGUUGUCUUCUGGUUUUACUGAUAGACCACUUGCACCAUUUGCUGGAAUACUGAGUCUUGGCAUUGGAGAUACAAUGGCAUCAAUGGUAGGACACAAGUAUGGAGUCCUUCGCUGGAGCAAGACUGGAAAGAAAACAAUUGAAGGCACUGCUGCUGGCAUUACUUCUGUUCUUGCUGCUUGCUUUGUUCUACUCCCUCUUUUAGCAGCAACUGGUUACAUUUUCACUAUGCACUGGUUUUCUUUGAUUGUAGCAGUGACCACCAGCGGUCUGUUGGAGGCCUACACGGCACAGCUGGAUAACGCCUUCAUACCUUUGGUUUUCUAUAGCAUGCUGUGUUUAUAAAAUGCAACAAGAAAGCAACACGCGGAAGUGUGUUUUCGACUUGCAAGAGCAAGAGCAAGAGCCUCAACGAGAAAGCAACAUUCAUUCGUAAUUCUGCAGCUCAUUUUUACUUGUAAAUAAUACCAACAUAGCAUAUACCACUACCACUGUCAUAUAAAUAGAGAGAAGUGUUGUUGCUUCCCUUCAUCUUAGCUAUAGAUGGGAUGUGUGUUGUACCAAUAGUUUAUUAAGUAUACGAGUCAAAAUUAGCACAUGACGGCCGAGGAUGUAACCCAGUUUAAUUUGUAUGAACAAUGCCUUGAAUUUUAUUCAACAAUUUUAAACCAA